AUGUAAUUUUUACAAUACCCUCCAGAUAAGAAAAUAUAGAAUUAUCAGUUUAGUUUUAAAGCAAAAUUAGGUAAAGGUGCCUAUGGUACUGUUUAUGCUGGUAGAAACAUUGUUGAUAGUAAUUUAUAAUAUUAUUGAAUUAAAGAUAAAAUUGUAGCAUUAAAGAUAGUAGAUAAGAAAAUAUUACAAACAGAUUAUGCAAGUUAACUUAUAGCUUCAGAAAUAGAGAUAAUGAAAUUGAUUGAAGAUAAAAAUAUUGUUAGAUUAAUAGAUGUUUUAUAGAGUGUGAAUAAUACAUACAUUAUAACAGAGUUUUGUAAUGGUGGUGAUCUAAGAGAGUAUCUCAAAAAAAGAAAGUAAGAAUUAAUCUAAUAUUUUAGGACAAUACCAGAAAAUGAUGCAAUUAAUGUUUUAAAGGAUUUGCUUCAUGGAAUCAAAGCAUUAUUAAAAAUAGGAAUUAUUCAUAGAGAUAUCAAACCUGCAAAUAUAAUGAUUCAAGAUACCUUAUUCAAAAUUACAGAUUUCGGAUUUGCAAAAUAAGUUGAUUCUCAUAUUGAUACAAUGAUGAAUUCAUUAGUAGGUACACCACUUUAUAUGAGUCCAUAAAUUCUUAAGAGAUAAUCUUACACAUCUAAAUGCGAUAUUUGGUCUUUAGGUCUAAUAUUUUAUGAAUUAAUUUAUGGUAUUACUCCAUGGCAUUCUUAAAACCUUGUUGAAUUAAUGGCUAAAUUAGAUACUAAAGUAUAUUUUUUAUAAUAUUUUCUCUAUAGCCUUUAGAAUUUCCAUCACAACCAAAAGUUUCAGAAUUGACUAUUAAAAUUAUUAAAGGAUGUCUAUAAAUUAAUGAAGAAAAAAGAAUUUCUUGGGAUGAACUCUUUUCAUUGAUUGGAAUGCAAGAAUAAACUAAUCUACCUGAAAUUAAUCAUUAAAUUUUACCAGUUAUUUAAAAAAAUACUCAAUAAUAAUAAUAAUAAUAUCAAAGUUAAUAAUAAGAAUCAACCUAAAUAAAAUAAAAUCUUAGUUUUAUAGAAAUCAAACCUCAUUAAAGAGUUAAAUAGAGAACUGAAAGUAUGGGAACUUAUCAUUUUGUAAGUAGACAUAAUAGAAGUAUGAGUAAUGCAACUCCAACUCAUGAUUUAGAUAAAUCUAGUGAUAGGCAAUAAAAACCUAAAUUUUAUACAAAAGCUAAAAUCUCUUAUCUCUAACCUGAUAAUCGUAAAAUUACUCCUCAAAGAAAUAUUACUGCUUAUACAUAAGAAUCUGAAAGAGAUAGAAAUAAUUCCUUUCUCAAAUUCACUACUUAAAAAAUAGAACUUAUCAAAUUCUUAGAAAAUGCACACACUCCUCCACUUCCUAAUAAAAAAUAUUCUACUAAUAAUAAUAAUGAUUCUUUUAGAACUCCAAGCAACUUGUAAUCUAAUUCAACAAAUACAUCUAAUAGAUAUAUUCAUGAUUAAGAAAAUAUAUCUAAUAUUGUCAAAGUUAAUGAAUUUUAAAUUGAUGAAAAAGCCAGAGAACCACUUAAUCAAAUAAUAGCUAAUGGUUAUUUUAAUACAAACUCAAAUUUAAGGUUAAAAAGAACAUUCAGUAAUCAUUUUUAAGAUAAUACUUUAUCACCUAUUAGUUAAUAAAAAAAUUCUAUUCUUGUAUUACUUAAAAUUAUUCAAAUUUAAUUUGACCUCAUUCCUAAUCAUAUAACAAUUAAAUAAGAUAUUGAAUCCUUAUUAAAUCAACAUAAAAUUACUAUUAAUAAUGUUAGAGAACAGCUUUAUACACCAUAAGAUGCUAAAGAAUUAAAAUCGAUUAUUAAUUCACUUGUUAAUUAUCUAAAUAAUAAUCCUUAAGAUAAUUUUUUAACGUAGUUAUCUGUUAUGUUGCUUUUGUUACUUAAUUAUAAUUAAAUUAUAAUUUUCAAUAUACAAACUAAAUCAUUAUAAUUAUCUUAAUCCUUGAUUGAGUAAAUCAAAAAAAAUUAGAAAUUACAAUAAUAAUAAUUAUUGUUAAGCCCAGAAAUAUUAAGAGACUAAAUCAAAAAAUUACUUAAAUGA